GAUUCUGGAUUCGGUGGUAGUUAAACUCACUCCCCCACCUCACAGGUUUAUACCUGCUUUUCUAAUUUAAUAAGACAAGUAACAGGAAAUUUUGUAAAAAUGCCCAAGAGGAAGUCACCCGAGGGAGCAGAGGCCAAAGACGCCACCAAAGUUACAAAGAAGGAGGUAAACUACUAUAAACCAGCUCCUCCUAAACCUGAACCAAAAGCCAAAAAACCAGCUGCCAAGAAGCCAUCCAAUGACAAAGCGAUAAAGGAGAAGAAGGGUGGAGCCAAAGGAAAGAAAGAGGAGAAAGAAUCUGCGCCCACUGCAAAUGGAGAGACCAAGCCAGAGGAGAUCUGUGUUUCCCGCUCAUCUGUCAGUGUGUCAUCAUGGAGAACUUCCGCCCCCUCCUUCCUGUCCAUCCGAGGGCAGAGUGAGAGUGUUAGAGUAAAGGGUACGAGAGUUUGAAGAGUGCAGUGUGUGCUUGUGUGCUCGUCACCAUCAGAUCUAGAUUUAUUCAUCCAUCUCUUUAUGUGAAACUAUACAAAAAAAAUUAUAUUGGUAUGAAAAUUAAAUGAAUGAUUGGUAACAAAGUUUACCAGAAUGUUCAGUGUUUAUGGCAUGAUUUUGAUAUUAUGGAUCACAGCUAAAAGAUUUUUUAAGUGUGCUUUAUGAGUGUACCCAAUUGCAAAAAUAAUCACUGUUUUCAAACAGGUUUCCUGAACAUUCAUUGAUCAAAUAAACACAUUGGUAGUCUAUCCACAAAGUUGGGAUAGAAUAAUUUUUUUUUUUAAAUACACAGUUUACCUUUAAAUUAAUUCAUUAAAAAAUUAAUUAAAUUGAUUUCCUUUGAGAUGUGAAUGUAAGGAUAUAAAUGCACUCUUCUAUCUUUUCUUGACAUUUAUUCUAAAGGAUGUUGUCGCGUUUAAGGAAUAUUUCACCCAAAAAUGAAAAUUUGCUGAAACUUUCCUGACUCUCAGGUCGUCCAAGAUGUAGAUUUGUUUCUUCAUCGGAACAGAUUUGAAGUAAUUUAGCAUUACAUUGCCUGCUCACCAGUGGAUCUUCAGCAGUGAAUGGGUGCCGUCAGAAUGAAAGUCCAAACAGCUGAUAAAAACAUCACAAUAAUCCACAAGUAAUCCUCACGACUCUUGUCUGUCAAUUAACAUCUUCCGAAGUGAAAAGCUGCAUGUUUGUAAGAAACAAAUCCAUCAUUUAAAAGACAUUUUUAAAGUCAAACCGUUAUAAGUCCUCUAUCCAUAAUACUGUUUUCUCUAGUGAAAAAGUCAUGUCGUCUGAAUCGGGAGAGUAAUAUGCAGAGAUCAAGCACCAUUUACAAGUGAAAGCAGUCCAAAACUGUAAAAGGUAAAAGCCUUAAUUCUACAAACAUGCAGCUUUUCAUUUUACAAGCCAUUAAUUGAUAGACUAGAGUCAUGUGGAUUGUUGUGAUGUUUUUAUCAGUUGUUUGAACACUCAUUCUGACGGUACCCAUUCACUGCAGAGGAUCCAUUAGUGAGCAAGUGAUGUAAUGCUAAAAUUUUCAAAAUCUGUCCCAAUGAAGAAACAAACUCAUCUAUAUCUUGAAUGUUCUGAGAGUGAGUACAUUUUCAGAACUUAUCAUUUUUGGGUGAACUUUUCCUUCGAUAAAUGAUGAUUUCCAAUAUGAGGUAAGUUGUGGUCGUCAGUUGUUUGUGGGUUUACUCAUACUAACCGAUUGGCAUUGGUUUUGUCUGUCUGACUUCACAUCAGGUAAUCUAAGAGUUUUAGAAAAGCUAAAAUCCUAUCAAAAUGUCCUCUGCAUUAGAAAAUCAUAAUCUUUUUCUUCCGUUUUUUCUUUUCUUUUUUCUC